UGGAAAAAUUUUAAAAAUGUAGUGAAGGUGUCCCGUGGGCGUUCCAUGUUACAUUACCAUUCUUGGCGCCAAACCCACAUUUACUUAAGCCCAUCAAUUUGUAGAAGAAUGAAGAAAGUAGCAGAAGGAAAACAGGGAAUGGAGAGCAGGAAAACAGAGGAGGAGGGCGCCCAAGAUUACAUGCAGGGGGAAUACUACCCUAUUGAUACUUUUGAAUGUUUUAAAAGAAAGCGUUAUAUGGUGCUUUCCAAGCUGGGUCAGGGCUUUUACUCCACUGUUUGGCGUGCUGCGGACACCCAACUCAAGAAAUAUGUGGCGCUCAAGGUACAGAAGAGUGGACAUUAUUUUACAAGAAUAGGCUUCCAUGAGAUUGACAUCCUCGAAGAAUUACAACAAGAUGAUUCGGGUCACAAAAAUAAUGUGGUUAAAUUGCUUGAUGAUUUCAGCCACACUGGACCUAAUGGGCAGCAUGUUUGUAUGGUUUUUGAGCUUUUAGGAGAUAAUUUAUCAAAAUUUCUCAGGAAUAAUAUCCAGAAGCGCAUUCCAUUACCCAUUGUCAAGGAAAUUUGUGUUAAUGUCUUGAAAGCACUUGACUAUUUGCAUGAGAAGUGUAAAAUCAUUCACACAGAUCUCAAACCAGAAAACAUUCUUUUGCUGCGCUGUGAAGAUUCCAUGAAGUCUAUUGCUACUGCUCCAUCCCUGCUUCCUUCUGCAUCAGAUCUUGGUAGGACUGCAACUGAAGGGUUUGAAGAAAACAAGGGGGAAAGAUUUGAGCAAGAGGCCAGAUUAGGAGUGCAAGAUUGUGGAGGUGCAGUUCUGACAGAUUUUUUUCCCAAAUCAAUUUCUGCAGUCGAGGGGUUUAGAGGAAAUCGAAAGACAAAUCUGAAAAAAAUGGCUAGAUUGGGAGGGCAACAACGUGGGGAUGCUGUUCGUUCAGGUUAUUCUUCUGAAUUAAAUCUUGGCAAGACAGGAAUUGAGGGUUUAAGAGGAACUCAGAAGGAAAGAGUAAAGCAACUCACCACAUUAGUAGGGCAAGGUCAUGGUGAGACUACAAUUCAGGGGAAGAUAAUACAAAAUUCCAAAUUAAGAGCACGAGAUUGUGAGAAUAAAGAUUUAGCUCGAGUAUUAGGUCUUGGUGAGACUGCAAUUCAGGGGAAGUUAAAAGCAGAGCAACAGGCCAGAGUAGGAGUUCAACAUAUUGGGGAUGUACUUGUAGCAAAGUGUGAAGAGAUAAAAUCGGAUGUGAAUGCCCAAGCAGAGCAAACACAUAUAUAUGGCAGUCAAAAGAUCCUGGAUUAUGCAAUGGCCGCACACCCAUUACAGCACAAGAGAAAACCCAGAAACAGCAUCCCUUCAGAGAUUCAACAGAAAGUGAUGGGCUCCCUUGGGCUUCAGUGCAAGAUAGCCGAUUUGGGCAAUGCUUGUAGGAAGGGACAGAGCCACAAACACAUAACCAAAAACAUUCGAUCAAGGAAUUACAUGAGUCCAGAGACUCUUCUGCAAUCUAAAAUAUCUACUUCAGCUGACAUAUGGUCAUUUGCCUGCAUUGCUUUUGAACUUGCCACAGGUGAUUUCUUGUUUAAUCCUAGAAGUAGCUGCAACUAUGACAUGGUUGAAGAUCACUUGGCCUUAAUGACAGAGCUUCUUGGUGAGAUGCCGAAGACAGUUGCUCUGGAUGGCAAGCUUUCUCCCAAAUAUUUUGACAAGGAUGGUCAUCUAAAAGGCCACAGGAACUUGCAGCCAUUGUCAUUGGUUGAUGUGCUUAGAAAUAAAUAUGGGUUUGCUGAAAUAGAUGCUAAUGAUUUUAGUGAUUUCCUUGUUCCCCUGUUACACUUUGAACCAGAAAAACGAUCCAGUGCAAGCCAAGCCCUCGUUCACCCCUGGCUUAAUACUGCACCUCAUCUUCAACUAUCAUCAUCUGGACAAACCCAGAAAAAUUAUAAGUUAAAGCAGUAAAGGAGAUAACAUUUUGAAUUGGAAAACAUGGUUAGUCUGCUGGGAAAAUGUUGUAAUUCAAUGUCAGGCCGUUAAAGUGACAUGUGAAGUCAUAUCAAUCUAGACAAACCAGAAAAGUGAUGAGAUUGUUUAAAAAAAUAGGGCAAACAGCAACUUAUGGGAGCAUGCUGCCAAUUGAAUUUUGUUUAAGAAUAUUAUUUAAUCAUUAGAGACAUUAAUAGAGUUCUUUUAAGUUGUUAAUUA